AUGGACAGUAUUGUGCAUUUUGUGACGCAAAAAUUUAUUUGGUGGUAUACUUCGGAGGAAGAGUACGGGGAAGAGAAGAAGGGGGAGUUGAUGCACGAGCGUGGGAAUGAGAAUGAUGCAGAAGAAGAAGAAUCGGAGGUCUUUUAUGACCUUCAACUGCAGUCGGCAGAGGAAUCAGUGGAAUACCACGAGGAAGCCUCUGCUUUCCUCGAAAUACCGGAUUUCGAGGACAUUGUCCAAAAGGCCAAAGUAACGUCGGUCAAGGAUAACCUUCAACAUCACACGGCACAAGGGAAUGUGAUCCAUCUUGAAGAAUCCUCCGCCGUCCUGGAACCAAAAGCUUUGGACGACGUCGUAGAGGAAGUAAAAGCCACAUCAGUCGAGGAUGAGGUUCAUACCCAGACGGCAAAAGAGAUAGCGACCUACCUGGACGAAUCAUCUGUCGUCCUGGAACCACAGGGUUUCGACGACAUUGUUCAGAAAGCCACUGUGACAACAGUCGAGGAUGAACUUAAAGUCCAGACAGAGCAAGAACCUGUUACCUAUAUGGUCGAAUCUUCAAUCGUGCCCAACACACAGGCUUCUUACGACAUCCAACAGAAGUCCGAAGUGAUAUCGGCCGUGGGCGACACCGACAUGGACAAAAUAUUUCCCGUUGAGUUCAGCGAUCCACUCGACUGGUUGCCAGUGGUUGGUGGCGACCAGCCCGCCGCCAGCAAUCCGACGUGUCUAUGUGGCGAAUUGGAUAACACGGAAAUGGGUAAAGUGUUUCCAGUAGGGUUCAGCGAUCCACUCGAAUGGUUGCUAGCGUGUGGCGACCAACUCGUUGCCGGCACUGAGACACGUCGCUCUGGCGAAUUUGACCCGUUUGCUCAGGAACCAUGUGACCCAACGAACAUGCUCGUUAGGAUAGCUUCCGGGACGCCUCCAAUACCUCCUCUAGAUUAUGAAUCGCAAACCAUAGAGGAGACAGAUCAGUCAAGAAGUUAG